AUGGUACGAGCGGCCGUAUACACGGCUACUGCAGCCUCAGCUUUUUCCAUUUUCGUAUGCUUAGCUGGAUGGAUCGUUAUUGCUAACGACAUCAGCAAUAUGUAUGAUGAUGUUAUGAUUAACAUGCACGAGCUAAAGGACGUUUCUGAAGAUGCUUGGAGCCAUAUCCUCACAUUCCAUGGACGAGAAUCAGAACCACAAACUUUCAAUACAAUUAUUGGAAGAUAUAAGCGUGACUCAUCCGUCUGCAGCUGUGGUCUGCCAAGCCAAGGAUGUCCAGCUGGACCUCCUGGACCACCAGGACCCGCAGGAGAACCUGGUAACAUCGGUCCUGAUGGAUCCAACGGCCCAACAGGAUCAGCUGGAUUAGCUCUCUUCGACUCUGCUCCAGUAGCAAGAGGAUGCAUUAGAUGUCCCGCAGGCCCACCAGGAAACCAAGGAGUUCCAGGACACGAAGGACCUGUUGGAAGAGAUGGACAACCCGGAAAGAGAGGAUUAGGUGGAAAAGAUGGAGCCCCAGGCGAACGUGGAGAGCCAGGAGAGCAAGGAGAGCCAGGAAGACCUGGACAAGAUGGAAUGUCUGGAGCCCGUGGAAAAGAAUGCUUAACAGGAAAAGGAAUACCAGGAAACCCUGGUAGACCUGGCAUACCUGGUGAACGUGGUCCAGGUGGCAAAAAUGGAGAAGAUGGUGAAACAGGAAUUCCUGGAAGAGCAGGACCUUUAGGCUUAUCGGGAUUGGACGGACUUUCUGGCACACCAGGAGAGCAAGGAUUCGUCGGAUUACCUGGACAACCUGGAGAUGACGGUGAAUACUGCACAUGUCCGGAAAGAAGCAGACGUCGCCGGAAGUUACGUCGUGUGUUCAUUUUGUAA